AUGGCUCCAGUCAAUCUGUCUCACCGGAGAACUCAUAAUUUGCUCCUCAUAUCUAAACUCUUGAGUCUCAGAGACACCGCGUCCCCGCUAACACUGCUCUUGGACUCAUUGGAGCAACCCGCCACACCCCUCAUUCAAGAGUAUAUCAGACGCGCCAAGCUCUCCAAAGUUCAUGUCACCCUUGUCGCUUUUGAGACGUUAAAGCGACCUGACGAUUGUGACGCAAUUGUAUACACUCGUCGCAAAACCCCGGCUGAAAUUAUCAAAGAAGUGACUGCGGCAUAUCAGCCCGUCACAUCGGCUGGCCCCACAAAGAGACGACUCAUUGUCAUUGACGCUAUCAACCCUCUCUUAAGCUCAAGGACCGUGGACCCUUACUUCCACUUGCCAUCAUUCUUGGGUGCUUUCAUUGCCCCGACCAACCCGGCGGCACUCAAAUCCGACGCAUCACUGGUGGUGACCUACCACCAAGAUAUUCCAGGAUUCCCGCCACAAAAUCCCUACUUGCCAUCUCCAUUUUCUGUUCUCACUUAUCUCGCCACGAGUAUCAUCACGCUUCAUUCAUUCUCUCACAUCUUGGCCCAAAAGGCUGCGCGCGAUCGUAGUCUGGCUGCUCCGGUCUUUGGGCUUGAAGAGGAACAAGAUGGUGUUCUGCUAGGUAGACUGGACAAGCUUAUUGGAACUGGUGCUGCUGAAGGAAUCGUUCUCGAGCUGGAGCACCGCCGCAAGAGCGGAAGAGGUGUCUUGGAAUGGUACCUCCUGCCUCCUGCUUCACGGUACUCUGCAAACCAUGUGAAGGAGAUUGUCACUCUUCUUGAUGACAAUAUUCUGUAUAAUCCUCCCAUGGAUUCCGCCUACGGUGCCGACGAGGAGCCCCAAUCGACCUUCGAGCUGGGUCUUACCGAUCGACAGAGGCGUGACAGAGAGGGUGUUGUCCUGCCCUACUUUGAUGCGCAGCAUGGAGAUGGACCUGGCGAAGGAGGUCGAAUCCUUUACGACAUGGGCGAGGAGGAUGACUUUGAUGAGGAAGAAGAUGAAAUCUAG